GAUGACCAGAGACUGCAGACACAGUACAGGGAUGACCAGAGACUGCAGACACAGUACAGGGAUGACCAGAGACUGCGGACACAGUACAGGGAUGACCAAAGACUGCAGACACAGUACAGGAGAUGACCAGAGACUGCGGACAUAGUACAGGAGAUGACCAGAGACUGCAGACACGGUACAGGGAUGACCAGAGACUGCAGACACAGUACAGGGAUGACCAGAGACUGCAGACAGUACAGGAGAUGACCAGAGACUGCAGACACAGUACAGGAGAUGACCAGAGACUGCGGACAGUACAGGGGAUGACCAGAGACUGCGGACAG